AUGCGACUUUCUAAUCGACUUGAGAGCCGAUCCGGGGAUUCGCACGUACACGUGCACGCUCAAGCUUGCUGUGUUUGGGGCGGUCACGUCGAACGUGGUGACACUGUUGAACUUGGUGUUGCUGAUGGUGUUUCCUGUGGAGUUGAUCUUUUCACUGCUGUUCUCGACCUCAACAAGCGCGUAAACGAGACUAUACCUGGUGGUGGAAUUGCGGGCCUCGUCGCCAGAGUUGAUACUGAGCGUGGAGGGAAGGUAGUACGAGAUGUUGGACUCGUUGAUCUCCUCCAUGGUGUCGCUCAGUGCGUCGAUGCGUCUGAGCAGCUCCUCCUCGUUCAGGCUGGCACCCAUGUUGGCCAGCCUGCUCAGGAUCGGUUUGCUGAUUCUUAA